AUGUCUCACAAUAACGGGAUAUUGCUGGCAUUGGAUACCGUACCACAGUCGCUGUCUCGUGUGGUCAAACCGUGUUUUGUUAUUCAAGAAAUGUCCAUCAACAAGACAACCAAGCAUAUAUAUGCGUACAUGGUUACGAGUAAAAACAAUUUGAUAUUUGCUCGAGUACGAGUGGUUGGUAUACAUCGUCUCAUGGUUGUCAUUAAAACGCCAGUCUCUUUUACCCAAGUAUAUCCACAAAUACAACUUGAUCACUCAUCUACUGUCCAGGGUUUUUCAACCAGAGUGCCUCAAGCGAGGCCAGUUCAAGACCAAAUCGAAACUUUCCAUUCCACCAACUCUCCAGCUCAUGAGCUGGAUAUAUUUAUCGAAACAGUGCCCCCAAUAAUUAUACCCGAUACUACCGAUGCUGCUCUAGAUGAAUCCAGUGAAUGGAGUAUCAUUCAUGGGAUUGUUGCUUUGCACAUUGUGCUGCUCUUUGCCUGGAUUCUGAAAAUUGUACAGUCUAAAUCCAGCUGGAGAUUCAGUAAAAUACAAAAUGAAGUUGUCAACUCUGUCGAGUUUAAUAUCAGUCUUUUGAUUGAAGUUGUUAUUAUGGGAGAGUGGGAGUCGGUUGAACCUCGUAAAAGCUCAAAGUCGUUUCUGAGCCAUCACCAGGACAAGACGUUUGCAAGUCCAAAGAAAGUUUCAACCACACCGACACCCGGUAGUCCAGCCAUAUCUUUAUCUUCUGGCUCUCCUAGAGCCCAGGUCAAGAACAGGUCUUUUUACGCUGCUCUUUCUGAAGUGUCUGAUUCCAUGUCUUCAAACAAAACUUUGACUAUGAAGGAAGCCGUUGUACCGGAUGUGAUGGAUUUACCAAAAACUCCUACCAAAGGUGUUGGCAGUUCUCGUAUAAAGGAACACAAGGGAUCUGUGUCUGCUGUUGAUGCUGAUCAAAACUGUGCAAAUGUUCCAUCCACAACCUCGCUUCGUUCAAAGCAUAAACCUCUCCAGGCAUCUGCUCACACUGGCAUGCAGGAAAUGUGUCAUCUUUCUUUAGAUAAACUCAAGGCUUCAAUUCAUACCAUUCGCCAACAGUCUAAUGCUGACCCAAUUCGGGAUCUGUGCGAAUCUAUCGAAAUGAUGAUAAAUACCGAUUUGAAGAUCGCUUUACCGCCCUUUAGUAGUCCUAUGCCAUUUGUUUCAGAAAAAGUUGCUCAAGAACUGCUCAAGUAUACUUUGGAUUGCCGUCCUGAAAUCUUGGAAAAUGGGCUUGUUUCUAUUGGGAAGGAUUUAGUGGAAGGUCAAAAGAAAGCCAAUGCGCUCAGUACAUCGAAUACCUUUACUACUAUUGGGAAUCAGCUACUCAUUCAAAUUAUUGCCAUGUCGCAUCCUCAUCUCUUUUUUGGCCAUUUCAACGAAUCUGCAGAUAAGCAAUCUCCUGCAAAAAUACUUUUAAAGACAUACAGCUCCACUCUUUUUUCUAAUCCUGCCGUGGGUCACACCAUGCUAUGGAUCUUUGCACAACAAAGUGUCGUCUUUUCUGAUCGUAUUCGCGAACCACAUCCUAAAAGCCUAGAGUAUUGGUUCACAUACUUUGUGCCCAUUUUUGUAGAAGGCUAUGAAAACACUACUACUGGAGUCUUGUCUACUACUACAAGUAAAUCCAAAGCCACACACACCGAAGAAGUCAAUUCAAAUGCUGCUAUUUCUAUCCAAAAAAACUCUUUAGUGUAUGCAGAGUAUUUACUUGACAGGCUGGAAGCUCGAUUGUUUUCUACAGAAAAAACCAAGAUUUCUUUACCCUUUAUCAAAGCUGAGCAAAUGGCUCAACUAUUUGAUGCUGCAUUUAAACACGAUGCUUCUUCAAACAAACGCAGGAAAAUGCUAGACCAUCAAACUCGACUGCGUUUACUUUUCACCAAAAUCAAGAAUCAAAUGUUUGACUCGGAAACUCCAAAUAUUGCAACCGAGUCUCACUCAGUGGUUUUUUUGACUUUUCUCAAAAAAUUGGGAACUGUUACCGACAAACCUGGUGUAGAUAUGAUUGUUUCUGUUCUUGGAGAAAUUUUGGCAAUUGCUACACGUCAAUCGACUGUAACCAGAAACUCCAAAACCAUUUCGCCAGAUGUACUAACUACGUGGGUGGAUCAAUACUCAUCUCACACUCAUGAAUCAAACCUUUUGGUUGAAUAUCUCUAUUCAGACUUUAUCAAUUCCAAAACGAGUUGGCUUGCAAAACAGAAUGCUGGUUUUUGUAGUGAUAUUGACUAUUCAAAACUGAAAAGCUCUUUAAUGACAAUGAUGAAGUCAAACAAAGCUUUACAUUUGCAGGAUGCACCUAAAAAAUCUUUGCAUAUCAAGGGAAAGAAAAUGCACACUACUUUUAAAAGUGUUGAUCAUGAGCUGGAUCCGGAUGCUAUUAUGAAAGCUGAUUCGGCCGAUAAACUAUUCAAGAAAUUUUUAAAAGCUCUUGCUCAAGACAAUGGAUCAAAGUGUUUUUAUUUUGCAACGUUUUUAUCAGCACUUUUUGGUAUACUAUUGACCUGCUUUGUAUACUACACUCUUGUACAUGUUGCUUGCGAUCCCAUGUCCUCUAGAUCUCAAGUGGUAUGUCCUGUCGAUGCUAUACAGCUUCAUAAAUCACUCCAGCAAUCGCAGUUAUGGAUACUUUCUGAAGCUGAUUUUGCUAGUCAUCGGGUGGAUACUUUACGAAACCAAACUGUACAGCUUACCAAGCAAGUUUGGAAAGAUAUUGCAGAUCAUCACGCAUUGACUAAUUUUGUCAAGACUGUAAAAGAUGCAACUGGUCUUUCUGAUUCUGAUAUUAAAAUAGCCACUGAAGAAACCUAUCGUAUAGCUGUUCAUGUUCCAGGUCAAGUGUUGACUUUUGCAAGUCUCCAAUGGCAUGAUAUGCUGUCCUCGGAAUCAUUUAUUCAUGUCUUGGACGUGAUGUCAAAGCAACAGGCGUAUGUAUGGAAGAAUUUCAAACUACAUUGGCACCUAGCAGCAGUAUAUGUGGUUGACGAUGUGAUUCCACGCAUCGUUUCAACAGGACAGGCAGGUAUGUUGUGGGUUUCCCAAAUCCGAUACUCUUUAAUACGCCAAUCGAUUGCCGAGUAUGCUCGUCGUGGUCGAAAACUAGUUGCAUUUGUCAAUAGCUAUAUUUCUAUAGCAGUGCAAGAAAAAUGGCAUCAGUAUCAAAUGGCAGAGAGAAUGACAGAGUUUAGAUCCUCGAUCCUUCAAAGCAAUUAUGGAAACAAAAUGUUGCAUCUAUAUGACUCUCAGAUUCAUAUUGGCAGCUUUUACGCCUCUUCUCCAAGAUACUAUUGUGAAUCCUUUGUUCAACUAUCAGAAACCACGAUUGCUUCCAUGCAAAUGCUUUUGCACUCCAUCUGGCGAUGUGUCGAAAACGACAUUUCCGAAACUGAAUGGCAACAGUUUUCCCAAUACGUGGCAAGUACUUGUACCGACAUUCAAACAAAAGUUCUGUUGGCUUUUGGGGUAAAAACGCAGUGA